AUGUAAUACAUGUUACAAAAUUUUGAAAACAAACAAAUAAAUAAAUUCAUCCCAAAUGACCCUAAACAAAAUGGAAAGAGAGUGCAACUCCAAGUAGAGCAAAGCAGCGCCUCCUCCCCUCAUCUCCGAACACUUUUCUUCUUUCUUCCUUUUUUUUUUUUUGUUCUUCAUUUAUUCGGCCCUUUACACUGAAUUUACUUUCACCAUUAACUUGAAAAAGAAGAAGAAAAAGAAAAACAAAGAAAGCGAAAGAUGGGAAAGAAGAAAACCGUAUCUGAAACCUCGAUGAUUCGAUUACCCAAGAUACUUGAGAAGUUUCGCGAAGCAGAAGAUGAAGUGUAUACAUUUGAAUCCAACCUUUCAAAUAAAGAGCGAGCAGUGGUACACAAGGCAUGCCGGAAAAUGGGCAUGAAAUCCAAAAGUUCUGGGCGUGGGAGCCAGAGACGUGUUUCUGUCUACAAAAUCAAAGGGAAAAUCGACAAUAUGACAGGGAAGGAGAGUCUUACUAAGGUGACAUUUUCAGAAGGGGCAAAAAUGGUUUUGCAGGACUUAUUUAUAAAUUAUCCACCUGAUGAUGAAGAGCUGGAAGAGAAAGUAAUCAGCAAGUAUAGUGGAAAAACUGCUAAAAUACGAAGAAAGAAAGAUGAUAUUUUCUCCAAGCCAUUGAUGACUGACGCAGAUAUUGUAGAAAAGAUUAAAACCCUUGCAUCUAGGAGAGAGAAGGAUCCAAACUUGAGACAGAUUAAUGAAGAGAGGUCAAAGCUUCCAAUUGCUUCAUUUAGGGAUACCAUUACAUCCACAGUAGAAUCUCACCAGGUUGUCCUCAUAUCUGGUGAGACUGGCUGUGGAAAGACCACGCAGGUUCCACAAUUUCUUUUGGACCAUAUGUGGGGAAAAGGUGAGGCCUGUAAAAUUCUGUGUACUCAGCCUCGGCGUAUAUCAGCUACUUCAGUGUCUGAGAGAAUCUCUUAUGAAAGAGGAGAAAAUGUUGGAGAUGAUGUUGGAUACAAGAUUCGCUUGGAAAGUAGAGGUGGUCGGCACUCAUCAAUUGUCUUCUGCACAAAUGGGGUGUUAUUGAGGGUGCUGGUUUCGAACAGUAGGUCGAAGAGAGAAGACAUUUCUGACAUGACUCACAUUAUUAUGGAUGAAAUUCAUGAAAGGGACUGCUACUGUGAUUUCAUGUUGGCAAUUAUCAGGGAUAUACUUCCUUCAUAUCCUCAUCUACGACUGGUAUUAAUGAGUGCUACUCUUGAUGCCGAGCGGUUUUCACAGUAUUUUGGUGGUUGCCCAAUUAUCCGUGUUCCUGGGUUUACAUAUCCUGUAAAAGCUUUCUAUUUGGAGGAUGUGCUUUCUAUCUUGAAAUCUGCAGACAAUAAUCAUCUUAUUUCAGCUAAUGCAAGUGUCCCAGAUGAAGACCCAGAAUUAACAGAAGAAGAUAAGGUUGCAUUAGAUGAAGCUAUUGAUUUGGCUUGGUCAAGUGAUGAGUUUGAUCCCCUUCUAGAUAUGGUUUCUGUUGAAGGGGGGUCAAAGGUUCAUAAUUACCAGCAUUCUUUGACUGGACUAACGCCAUUAAUGGUGUUUGCUGGAAAGGGUAGAGUGGAUGAUGUUUGCAUGCUCCUCUCAUUUGGUGUGAACUGCCAUCUAAUCUCCAAGGAUGGGAAUAGGGCUUUGGAGUGGGCUGAGCAGGGAAACCAGCAGGAAGCUGCUGAAAUAAUAAAAAAACAUAUGCAAAGUCUCUGUUAUGAUUUUGGGGGACAACAGUUACUGCAUAAGUAUAUAGCGGCUGUUGAUCCAGAAAUUAUUGAUGUUGUUCUUAUUGGGCAGUUAUUAAUGAAGAUAUGUAUUGAUUCAAAUGAAGGAGCUAUCCUUGUUUUCCUUCCUGGGUGGGAGGACAUAAAUAGAACGAAAGAGAAAUUACUUGCCAACCACUUUUUCAAAGAUUCUUCUAGAUUUGUUAUAAUACCUCUGCAUUCAAUGGUUCCAUCAGCAGAGCAAAAGAAGGUCUUUAAACGUCCACCUCUGGGCUGCCGUAAAAUUGUCCUUUCAACCAAUAUUGCUGAAAGUUCCAUUACAAUUGAUGAUGUUGUCUAUGUUAUAGACAGUGGUCGAAUGAAAGAGAAAAGCUAUGAUCCUUAUAAUAAUGUAUCAACCCUUCAGUCUGCAUGGGUUUCCAAAGCAAAUGCCAAGCAGCGAGAGGGUCGAGCAGGCAGAUGUCAGCCUGGAAUUUGUUAUCAUCUUUAUUCAAAACUUAGAGCAGCUUCUAUGCCGGAUUUUCAAGUUCCAGAAAUUAAGAGAAUGCCAAUUGAGGAGCUUUGUUUACAGGUGAAAUUACUUGACCCAAAUUGCAAAGUAGAGGAAUUCUUGCAAAAGACAUUGGACCCUCCUGUUUCUGAAAGUGUACGUAAUGCAGUUAGUGUUCUUCAAGAUAUUGGGGCUUUCUCACAUGAUGAGGAACUGACAGAACUUGGAGAGAAGCUUGGUUAUCUUCCUGUUCAUCCAUUGACAAGCAAGAUGCUUUUCUUUGCAAUAUUGAUGAACUGCCUUGAUCCGGCUUUGACCCUAGCAUGUGCCUCAGACUUCAGGGAUCCGUUUGUCCUUCCCAUGCGGCCAAAUGAAAAACAGAAGGCUGCUGCUGCUAGGCAUGAGCUUGCAUCAUUGUAUGGUGGACAAAGUGAUCAGCUGGCAGUCAUAGCUGCUUUUGAGUGUUGGAAGAAUGCAAAACAAAGGGGUCUAGAAGGACGUUUUUGUUCACAAUACUUUGUCUCAUCAAGCACCAUGAAUAUGCUGUUUGGCAUGCGUAAGCAGCUUCAGGCUGAACUAAUACGUUAUGGGUUUAUUCCGGAUGAUGUAUCAAGUUGUAGUCUGAAUUCAAAUCACCCUGGAAUAGUCCAUGCAGUCCUUGUGGCUGGUUUAUAUCCAAUGGUGGGGAGGAUGCUCCCUGCAAGACAAGGUAAACGAUUUUUUGUAGAGGCUGCUGGUGGCAGUAAAGUGCGUUUACAUUCUCAGUCAAUUAAUUCUAAGUUAUUGCUUAAGCAAUCUGAUGAUUGCCCGUUGAUUAUAUAUGAUGAAAUAACCCGUGGGGAUGGGGGUAUGUUCAUAAGGAACUGUACUGUCAUUGGGCCACUUCCAUUGUUACUUCUUGCAACAGAGAUUGCAGUGGCUCCUGCAAAAGUCUCUGAUGACAAUGACAAUGAUGACGAUGGUGGUGGUGGUGGUGGUGAUGAUGAUGAUGAUGAUGAUGGAAGUGAUGAUGCUGAUGUGUGUGAUUAUGAUGGAGAUGAAAUGUUGAUGGUUAGUAAGUCCGGUGGAAAUGAAGAAAAGGUCAUGUCCUCUCCUGAUAAUUCUGUUAUAGUAGUUGUUGAUCGGUGGCUUUCAUUCAGAUCAACAGCACUUGAUGUUGCUCAAAUCUACUGCUUGAGAGAACGAUUAUCUGCAGCAAUCUUAUUCAAAGUAAUGCAUCCACGCCAAGUUCCUCCUCCUGUUCUUGGGGCUUCCAUAUAUGCAAUAGCCUGCGUUCUAUCGUAUGAUGGGUUAUCUGGCAUCUCAACGCAAUUGGAAUCUGUGGAUUCACUGACUAUGAGAGUGCGUGCUACUGAUAUCAACAAACCCGUGCCAGGGAGGAAAGGUAUGGGUCCCAUUCCGAGUAGAUUUCUUUUAUCACUUGUGAACCAAAGCCCAUUCGAUGCUUCAACUUACCGGAAAGCUAAGGUCCCUGCAGUUGAGGCUAUAACAAAUGGAAUUGAGCCCUCAAGUUGCAACCAACAAUCAACAGUAAUGUCAGUUGGGAGGAGCCUAGAUCAGGUUUCAUCAGAAGGCCCUAUAUCAGUUGCUUCUGGUUCAGGUGCGUCUAAAUUACAGGGUCCUAGGGGAGAAUCAUGUAAGCGUCAACGUGUGAAAAGGUCCAAGUCCAAAGACGGUAGACAGUGAUGGUGGUAAAAUGCAUAUGUCCUAAACAAGAAGGUUAAAUAGGGUGAAGUUGAUGGCCCUAAAGGGCUCAUCAGAAUAGGAGAUAGAUGGUGCUUUGAAGGUUUUGCAUUCCAUACAAGCUACCCAGUGACCUUGGUUGAGAAUCGUUUUGCGAACCACAUGCUCAUGUCACAGCCUGCACGGGCACUAAAGCAUAAGGCAUCAAUAGUUGCAUGAACUAGAGAAUAUUAUAUUACUACUAACCAAUGUGUCCAGUUAGCCGUUUUAUGUGAGACAAGUUUUCUGCUUAAUUAAUAUCUUGUUCCAAGUAACUAUUCCUGCUAAAUUUAAAUUAAUUGAAAUUAAUCUUUCUUUUAUCGGGU